GGAGAGAAUGGUUGUUCCUACUGUAACUUCUUUGGAAUGUCUGACUUGCUAUUAGUUGGUGGUUGCAGUAAACCUAACAUUAUCUUACAUACGAUUUGUAACCUUCUUCGGAUCCACGCAUUACUGUCGCUAAUGAGAGCGUUUCCUGCACCAAACAGUCAGAAUGGACGAAGAGUUGGACUGCAAACCAGUUGCAACCAUUGCAACGCCCACUUGUAAGAUUGAACCGGGCCCUUUCGAACCGUUGGAGGCCAAACCUAACAUUAAUGAUUCAGAAAUCGAACAUUUGGGAAUUAAAGUGGAAGUAGUCAAAGUAGAAAACCUAAAAGAAGAAGAAGAAGAGGAGGAGGAGGAGGAUGUGGACAACACAGCGGAUUGCGCGCACACAGUCAAAAAGCGCUUUAGCCGCGAGGAGGAGUCCGUACUGUGGCGGGAGGUGCUCGCCCACUGGGACCAGCUCUUCGGCCAGCGGAGCCGCCUGCUCCCCAGGGUGGGCCGGGGUUCCGUCUGGAGCCAGGUGGCCGCCGCCGUGCAGUCGGCGUCCGGGGUGGCGCGGGACGGGGAAGAGGUCCGCAGGAAGUGGUGCUACUUCAAGAACCAGCUGAGAGCCAAGCUGGCGGUCAUUAGCGCGUCGGGCGAGGAAGAGGACGAGCCCGGCGCAGGCCUCAGCGAGAUGGAGGCAGAGGUGGCCUCUAAGAUGAAGGGGACGACCACUGGGAGAGACGCAGGACACGAGGCAGAGGGAUUGCCACAAGACAUUGACAAAACAUGCCAGGCCUACCACAAGCGCUUCAGCAAGGACGAAGAGGAGAUUUUAUACAAGGAGGUCCUCCGCCACUGGGCGGAGCUGUUCGGCGAGCGCCACCACAGCCUCCUGCCUCGCGGCGGCCGCGCCGCCGUCUGGAACCGCAUCGCCGCCAAGAUGAACAGCAGCUCCGGGUCGCUCGUGGCCCGCGACGGGGAGGACGUGCGAAAGAAGUGGUGCCACCUCAAGAAGCAGAAGCUCCACGCGGCGGACGACGUCGUUGCGCAGUCGGGGGGUCUGGAGCCCGCAGGAGAGGUGGACGGGGAGGACCUCAGUCUGCUGAAGCAGAGGAUCGUGUCCAGGAUGAAGCAGGACGCCGCCGAGGGCAAGACGGGGACGAGGGCCACCUCCAGCCGACGUUUCUCCAAAGAGGAGGAGGACCUUCUCUACACCGAGAUCCUCAACCACUGGGAGGCGCUGUUCGGCGAGCGCAACCAGCUCCUGCCGCGCGGCAGCAGCAUCCCGGUGUGGACUCUGGUCACAGCCAAGCUCAACGCCGCCACCGCUACCGCCGCUACCGCCGCUACCGCUAGCCGAACCAGCUGA